AUGCUGAUAUCAUCUAAUACAGGAGCCCGAGUAGCUGGUGUUCUUUUCUGCCUACUGAGCUCAGUCAAUGGUCGACAUGGGUCCCAAAGACCCCAUCUUGCUCAGAAGUCAACCUUAAGCUCGUCUACCAAUGGAACCAUCGUCUUUGGCUCGAACGAGACUACAGCCCUCACAUCCGAUGGGACAACUGCUUCUAUCGUGGUCCUCGACUAUGGCCACAAUGUUGAAGGCUUCCCUACAUUUGAGGUCAUCUCUGCCUCUGGCGAUACCUCGAGCUUCGAGAUUUCCUUUGCAGAAAGCAAAGUCGCGCUUGACUCAUACAUGAGCGACGGUCCUUUACCUCUCGCAGCAGCAAUGCACACCUACAGAGUCAACCAAUACAACAUCACCGCCCCCUCACUCAUCACGAACCGUCUCAUUCAAGGCGCCUUUCGCUACCAAAAGCUUAACCUCUCAUCCGCUGGAUCACUUCAACUCCGCAACAUCGGCGUCAAGCCCACCACAUCCACCAUACCCGUGACACAACUCCCCGGAUCCUUCGAAUGCUCCGAUGAAGAUCUCACACGCAUCUGGACCACUGGCGCGCGAACAGUCCAACUCACCGAGAUCCCCAAGCACUCCAUCCCCGACUUUCUACAAGUCUCAGACGAAGGCGCCUACGCCGAAAGCCAGGCACCGCAAGGUCUAGCCGGUGCCGUGGCCGCUCAACUCCUCAACUACCGUCUCGAUAUUCAAGCCAAACCCGUCAAAGGCGGUUUCGGCGUCUCUGUUCUAUGUGACACGCUCAACAGCUGUGUCUACCUCUCUUUCAACCUGGACAGCCAUACCAUCACAGCCCACGCCGGCUCAACCACAAUGACCUCCAUCACAGUAACCCUCAACGCCCUCCCAGUCCUCAACCUAACCCAAACCUCCCGCUACUUCGGCUCCUUCGGGUUCGGCGCAUCUUUCGGACACGCAGCCUACUUCCGCAACCUCACCGCCAGCACACCCACCGGCGAGACCAUCUACACCAACUCCCUGACGUCCCCGUCCUUCCUCCCAGACUUUAUGAUGGGCGCGAACUCGGCCGAUAGAAUCGUAGACGGCUCUCGGCGCGACAGAAUCGCGUACACAGGCGACCUCGACGUCGCCCUCGACGUCGCCCUCGGCGCCGCCUUCGCAAGCACGUUUGGCACAUCCUUCAUCGACGGCUCCCUCGACCUCCUGGGCUCCUACCAGGCCACACCAGGCUUCUUCAUCCCCACCGCCAAGAUCCAGCAAGCACCCUUGAUGGAACCCCUGAAUACAAACCUCACAGGACUCAUCGGCUACUCUUUCAACUUCCUCAGCGCUCUCGCCCAAAACUACGAAAUGAGAGGAAACAUUAGCUUCGCAAAGCAGUGGGCUCCAAAGGUCUCCAAAAUGCUCGAUUGGGCCAACUCUCAAACCCUCCCCAACGGCCUCUUCAACCUUGCAGACGAAUCCUUCGGCGGCGACUGGAACUACUACGACACACCGCAAUCCGGAGUAGUAACAAAGUUCAACGUAGUCUACGCCUACGCCCUCCAACAAUCCCUCCCCCUCCUCCGCGACGCAGGUCUUACUACCACAGUGUAUCAAACCCGCCUCGACAUCCUCCGGUCCACAAUAAACACAAACCUCUGGAACCAGGACCUAAACGCCUACACCCUCUCCUCGAACUUCACAACCGGCUUCGCACAAGACGCAAACGCCCUAGCUAUCUUAGCCGGCGUAUCGCCCUCACCCAACACCACAGCCUCGAUCCUCUCUACCCUCGCAAGGGACCUCAUCCUCCCUUCCGGCCCUCUAGCCUUCUCAAAUUCCACCUCAUCCGCCGGCUUCGCGCAGAAAAUCAGCCCUUAUGCGUCUUCGUACCAUCUCCGUGCAGCAUUCUCCGCCCGUGACGCAUCCACGGCAACGACCCUCCUCAAAACCCUCUGGGCGCCUCUGGCCCAUCCCAAACACGAGAAUUAUACAGGCUGCUUCUGGGAGACGUUGAACCCAGACGGCACCCCCGGUCUAGGCGUCGCAACCUCCCUCUGCCACGGAUGGGCUGCAGGUCCAACGGCGGAACUGAGUCGGUACGUUCUCGGCAUCCAGCCUAUUGCGCCUGGGUUUGUGGAGUGGAAAGUUGAGCCGCAGACGUUGGGGCUGGAGUGGGCCAAGGGAAGGUAUCCGACUGUACUUGGAGACGUCGCUGUUGAGUGGCGGUUCGAGUGCGGGAUGUUGACAAUGAAGGUUGAGACUCCUGCUGAGAGCAAGGGAACGAUUUACCUGCCGGAGUCGUUGGUGACGAGCCUUGAAAAGUCUGUUAUCCGGGUGAAUGGAGUUGUCAAGAAUGGGACUCAAUUUGAGGUCAAUGGAGGGGAUGCGUUUGUCCUUACGCAAGAACCUUUGGGCGCAGGAUUGCUAGCUUGA